AUGGGUUUUGGGUUGUCUAUUACUUACAUAUUCCUUUUAGUUUUAUCUUUUGCUUUACUUGUCACUGAUUUCUUCGUGUUUGCUGAUUCGAAAUUUCCUUAUGUGCAAAAUCGUAAGCCAUUGUGCCAUGAUCAUGAGAAGAUUGCAUUGCUUCGUUUCAAGCAAAGCUUUCUUCUUAAUUGCUCUGCAUCAUCUUAUGCCGCCUUUGCAUAUCCAAAGGUGAAAUCAUGGCAUGAUGAUUCAAAAAAUGCAACUGUAAGUUGUGAUUGCUGUAGGUGGGAUGGUGUCAAGUGCAAUGAAGAAACGGGUCAUGUGAUUGGCCUCAACCUUAGUAGCAGCUGCCUUUACGGCACCAUCCCUCACAACAACACCCUUUUCAGCCUUAGUCAUCUCCGUGAGCUUGAUCUUUCUUAUAAUAACUUCAAUUAUUCUCAAAUCCCCUCUGACAUUGGUCGUCUGUACAAGCUCACACAUCUCAAUCUUUCUAAGUCAGUUUUCAGUGGCCAAAUACCAUUAGAAAUUUCAACAUUGUCUAAUCUUUCUCUUCUUGAUCUUUCCCUUAAUGGAAAUCCUAUGGUUGUCGAUGAGGAGUUUGAUUUGAAACUUAAUGAUUUGAGUCUAAAGAAGUUGGUUUUUAAUUUGAGUAGUUUAACCCAUCUUUAUCUAGAUAGGGUUGAUAUAUCAUCUGAGGUACCUCUCAUCUUUUACAACCGAACUUCUUUAAAGGCUAUUUCAAUGAACUACUGCAAUUUGUUGGGUGAAUUCCCAGCAAAGAUUUUCCAGUUACCAAAUCUUGAAGUAGUUUCAUUGACUUUCAAUCCUAUAUUAGGAGGAUUUUUUCCUGAAUUUUAUUCUAACAGUCCUCUUCGUAUUUUAUACGUUGAUGCAACAGGAUUUUCAGGGGAGUUGCCAACAUCGCUUAGAAAUCUUGUUUCUUUGACUAAAUUGGACUUGCAAGAAAGCGAAUUCUAUGGAAAAAUUCCAUCUUCAAUAGGUAAUCUGACAAAUCUCAUUGUUCUAAACCUUGGCCGCAAUUAUUUUAGCAAUGACCUUCCUGAUUCUAUCAUGAACUUAAUGAGCCUUACUUUCUUAGGCCUUUCAGACAUGCCAAAUGUUGGGAAUGCUAGAAUAUUGAAAUCUUGGUUGCCUAAGCUAAACUCACUCACUCAGCUACGGCUUAGCCAAAUGAAUUUAGGCAAUAACAUUUUACCUUCUUUGUGUAACUCUACUAGGCUCACUCUUUUGGAUCUUAGCAACAACUUGUUAACAGGCACACUACCAAGUUGGUUAGUAAAUCUAACCCACUUGCGCAUGUUAGAGCUAUAUGGUAAUCACUUUCAAGGUCCAAUCCCACCCUGGAUUUCUAAACUUGUGAAUCUUAGCACAUUAUUUAUGUCAUUUAGGGACUCAGUUGCCAAAUUGGAUUCAUUUUUGGAACUCCCAAAUCUCCAGUUCCUCCGUUAUCAAGGUGAGCUAAAAGUAUUAUCUCUCUCAUGGAACAAAAUCAAAGGUGAUAUUCCACAAUGGUUUGUAAACACAACUAGAGAGAAUCUCUUGAUCUUGAACCUUUCUAAUAAUCUUUUGACGGGUUUUGAACAACCUUCAGUUUUCAUCCCAUGGUAUAAUUUGCAAAUGCUGGAUCUCAAUGACAACAAGUUAAGAGGGCCACUUCCAACUCCUCCAAUCUCCACACAAGUUUAUCAAGUCUCAAAUAAUCAAUUUGAUGGAGUUCUUCCUAGUCAUAUAUGUCAUGCAACAUCUUUGGUUUUCCUUGACUUAUCUAAAAACAAUCUUACGGGCAAGAUUCCAAGUUGCAUUAGUCAUCAGCUUAGUGAUUCAUUGCAAGUAUUAAACAUACAAGGCAAUAGAUUUAGUGGUGUCAUUCCUCAAAGGUUCUCAAAAUCAUGUAAUUUAAAAAUGAUCAAUUUAAGCAAAAAUCAAUUCGAGGGCAAGCUCCUGAAGUCCUUAGUCAAUUGUACGUUGCUUGAGGUACUUGACAUAGGAAGAAAUCGUAUCAAUGACUCUUUUCCAUCAUGGUUAAGAAGUCUUCCCAACUUGCAAGUUCUUGUCCUGAGGCAUAACCAUUUCCAUGGGAAGAUAACAAUUCCAUUGCCUAGUCCAACAAUUCAUGAUUUUCAUCGCUUGCAUAUAUUUGACCUGUCAUGUAAUUCUUUAUCUGGUAACUUACCAUCUUGGUAUCUUCAAAGUUUGUUUGCAAUGGCAGUUUCAACUGAAAACUUGUUAAACUCAUCCAACACUUUUAUUAGGUUUUAUUACCGGAUUGGUUAUAGUGACUAUGCGUUUUAUGAUGAGAAAUACAAUUAUGUUGUCACCAUAACAAAUAAGGGGAGUGAAACAUUUUACACAAAGAUAUUGACUGUAUUGCGAGUGAUUGAUUUCUCAAGCAAUAAGUUCACCGGUAGAAUCCCUAUGAUAAUUGGAAAUCUUAGAGGACUUCAAGCACUUAAUCUAUCCAACAACAAUCUUGUUGGUGGUAUCCCAUCUUCUCUAGCCAACAUUACAGACCUUGAGUCCUUGGACCUUUCUGAAAACACGCUUUCAGGAGUGAUCCCUCAAGAGUUGACAAAGCUAACCUUUCUUGGGGUCUUUAGUGUUUCACACAAUCAUAUAGUUGGACCGAUACCUGAAGGAGAACAAUUCAAUACUUUUGACAAUAGUUCUUUUGCUGGGAACUUGGCAUUGUGUGGAGCUCCAUUGUCUAAGAAAUGCAUUAAAGACUCCGUGCCAUCAUCACUACCGCAACAGUUAAUAGAUGAUGAGAUGAUGGAAGAGGACUCGAAGCUGAUUGAUUGGAUCAUCAAAUCAUUGGGGUGUGUAGGUGGGUUUAUAAUAGGCUAUGUCAUUGGUAAAAUCUACGUGACUGAUCGACAUCAUGAUUGGUUUAUGGAGACUUUCGGAAGGAGAAGGAGGUUAAAGAUCAGAGUGAAGAGAUCAACACCGAGGCAUAGGGGAAAUUAA